ACACACACACACAGAGAGCAGACACACACACACACACAUCCCAGGGCAGUGACACUGACUGCGAGGCAUCACCAUGAAGUUUAGACGAUUUGGAGCAAAAAAGAGCAUGAAAUCGCUUGCUUACCACGGGCGCAUCAACCAGAAAGACACCCAAAACCUCCUGGCUCUCUCUGGCAAAGAUGGGAGCUACCUGAUACGAGACAGCGAGACUGUUCCUGACACCUAUUGUCUGUGUGUGCUGAACAAAACAUUCGUCCAUACCUACCGAAUUUCCCAAACAUCCCGAAAAUGGUCUGUUCAGACAUCUAAAGGAAUUCCCCUUCGUCUUUUCAACAACAUAGAAGAACUCAUAGCGACUCACCAAAGGCCAGGUCAAGGCACAGUCGUUCCAUUACAGCAUCCAGUGUUCAUCGGAACCUAUAACUCCCAAGCCAGAACGCAGGUUUGAAGGGGAGCCAGACUACGUGCAACUCACGUCUAGCUGAGCCCUCCUAGAAUGGAAAGAGUAAUUCAGGCUUCGAGUCAAGAAAGGAUUGCCCGAUAGCUAACUGUUGUAUUUGUCUUAGUUUGUACUUGUUUGUAGUAUUUCAACAAUGUCUUGUUCAUUCUCACCCGGGAUUCUGCAAUUUAUCCUGUCAUUAUGAAAGCUGUAGUGUGUAAGGUAAACACAGGAAAGUGUAAUCCUGGAUGAAUUUCUGCACCUUAUUCUUCACUUAUUGUUAACUGAGAACCUGAUAUUGUUUGGGUGCAUAAGUCUCUGUUGGCAACUUAUCUAAAUGUGCAAUUAAAUAAAUUUUUUGUUGAAUAAAAA